GCGAUUUUGUCCAAUGCUAUAAGUUGCGCCCAUAGCUAUCAGGCGCCUUAUCUUCUCUCAAGGGCACUAAGUAUGCGCUACUAGAUAUGGUUAUGGUCCUCGAGUAUAAUUAUGAAUUGAGCAUGCGCUCCACUCUUUGUCCACUUCCAUAGUUCCAUCAUAUUUCAGGUAUCCCGAACCAAUCCUCUCACCAUGACCAGCCCAUUCCCAGCUGGAAAUAGCAUGUCCUCAUUCUGGCGGUCGGAGCCCGAUCCAUUGGACAAUCAUCGUUCCACCGACGCUCUACCUGAAACCUGCGACAUUGCCGUCAUCGGAGCUGGCUACGCCGGCGCAUCUACUGCUUAUCAUUGUUUAGAGCGUGCGACUGCCGGCGGAAAGAGGCAGCCGUCCAUCGUCAUUCUUGAAGCACGGCAGGCUUGCUCGGGGGCUACCGGACGCAACGGUGGCCAUCUCAAGCCCGAUGUCUACAGCCGAGUCGGCAACCUGGCCAAUGAGUACGGAGUCGAAGCGGCGGCCGAAGUAGCCGCAUUCGAGAUGGAACAUGUCUCUGCAGUGCAAGCUUUGGUAGAGAAGGAGAAUAUUGAUUGCGAUAUGGAGGUUAACCGUGUCUGCGAUGUGCACUUUGACCCAGCCCAGCUUGCAAAGGUCAAAGAGGGCUAUGAUUCUCUCGUCGCGAAGGGGGUGAAGACUGUAGAAGAUGUGAAAUUCACCGGGCUGGAGGCUGCUGAAGCUAUAUCGGGCGUUAAAGGAGCUCGGGGGUGCUUCAGCCAACGCACCGGGCGCCUCUGGCCGUACAAGCUUAUCAUGCACCUUCUGAAGCUCGCCAUUGCCGCCGGGGUGAAUCUGCAGACAAACACCCCGGUACGGCAGAUCUCCGAUGAUCCGGAUGCUGAGGGACGAUGGACCCUCACCACUGACCGCGGCUCGAUUCGCACCAAGACGGUCAUCUUCGCCACCAAUGCAUACACCGCUGCCCUCGCACCGCAGUACAGGGACAAGAUCGUCCCUGUGCGGGGAUUCUGCAGUCGGAUCGUGGUUCCGAACCCGCCUGCUGUAGCCAUGGACCGCUCGUAUACUCUGCGCUUCAACGCCUGGGACUACGACUAUUUGAUCCCACGUCCUGACGGUAGUAUCAUCGUGGGCGGUGCGAAGUCCACCUUCUACAAACAGGACAUUCCCAGUUGGUACCACAACACUGAUGAUGGCAGGGUGGUGGACGGUGCGACGCGGUAUUUUGACAACUAUAUGCAGCGUACCUUCCACGGCUGGGAGAAUACGGGGGCAUACACGGACCGUGUGUGGUCAGGAGUGAUGGGAUAUAGCAGUGAUUCUCUACCGCAUGUUGGACAUGUGCCAGGUAAGCCCGGUCAGCUCGUAAUCGCCGGUUAUAGUGGUCAUGGCAUGCCGCAGAUUUUCUUGUCUGCGCGGGGCAUCGCAUGGAUGGUUGUGGAUGGGGCAGCUUAUGAGGAAAGUGGAGUUCCACGGCUGUUCAAGACAACCCCAGAACGGUUGGCGAGUGGUCGGAAUGAUAUCCUGGCGUAUGUCAAGAGCCUGGAUGUGGGAAGUAAGCUUUAGCUUCCGACGACCUGAGUAGAUUCUCAACGGUUAACAUUAGAAGAGAAUGGUUAUAAAGCAACUAGGAG